AAAUGCUUUGGAAUAUGACUUCGGGUUAUGAAAAAUCGGCGUUGAUGGCAAGACAGUGGACAAGUUAACGGGCGAUACGGGCGAUUUGCAAUGAGUCUUCACAACGAGCAGUUAACAGAAACAUGCGGAUGUGGAAGUCGCCACUGGAAAUAGAACAAUGUAAUGCAGGGGAGGCAUUUAACAGUUACUUCGCAGGAGCGUGAGCGGUUUGUUUUUAGAGUAUGACCGAACCUGAACAGCAGCAGCACACUCUGACCAACUGUGGUGGCUGGGCUUGGAAUUCAUCUGGAAGUUUCCAAGUAGAGUAUAAAAGCUGGACCAGAGGAAGCCGGGGCAGAUGCAGUGAGGGCUCCAAUCUUAGCAGAUACCCAGACCACGCUGAACUAUUGCUGAAGAUGAUGUACCCAGGAUUGCUGCCAUCUUCAUUCAGCCCAUUGAUGGAUUUCAACUGGCCUGUGCGCAGCCUCUGGCCUGAUACCCGGCCUCUCUUCUUUAAGAUCGAGCAAGAAAUGAUGAGGCACAUGCAGGAGAUGAGGCAGAGCAUGCAGUUCAUGGAGAGGCUUCAUCAAAAAAUCUUCGAGGAGAUUGACCACAUCCCAGCAUCAUUAACGUUCAAGCCAAUAUCGUUCAAGGUGGAUAAUCAGGGUGAAAAUUUUGCCCUGACCCUGGACACUAAGGACUUCACCCCAGAGGAGCUGUCCGUCAAACAGGUGGGCAGGAAGCUGAGGGUGAGCGGGAAGACAGAGAAGAAACAGGACGACGGAAAAGGCUCGUACUCCUACAAACAACAGGAGUUCAGGCAGGAGCUUGACCUACCAGAAGGUGUGAACCCAGAAGAUGUGACUUGUACCCUCUCUGACGGGCAGCUUCAGAUUAAAGCACUGAGAGCGAUCAGGCCUGCAAUAACGGAGAGAGUGGUGCCCAUUGAUCGUGUGGCAGCCUUGAAGAGUCCAGAAGAGCAAAGCGGAGACGUGGACAGCUGCAUCACCGACUCAAGCUCCUCCAAGGACUGAUGACAUUACAGCACUCAAACUGGAUUCACGUCACAUCUUGGUCCAUAACUGAACUCUUUUCAGCACUUUCAUGACAAUAUUAUAAUGAAUUGGAUGUGUUAUUACUGUAAUUCAUGUUGCUAGAUAAACGAGAGUAAAUACAUUUUGUAUGCUUGCUACUUCCAAUAAAUUGUGUGUUUGAAUCAUUAAAAA